GAGCCGGGGGAGGGGGAGGGGAGAAGCAGUGAAAGCCGCGGCGCUCAGUCCGCCGGUGUCCCACAAUCCUCCUCUCUCGGUUCCUUUUUCCUCGCUCAAGAUGGCGCUGCUCGCGAUACAUUCUUGGCGCUGGGCAGCCGCGGCGGUUGCUUUCGAAAAGCACAAGCAUUCGGCAGUUCUGACCCGGUCUCUAGUCUCCAUGUGCGGCUCAGGCCUGCGAUGGAGUUCGUACCAGCGCGGCGCGUCCGGAAGCGCUCGGCUGUCCCAGACUACAGAAUCAUUAAGAAAUACUACACAGCAGAGAUGGGGAAAAGACAAUUCAAGACAGUUACUAGAUGCUACAAAGGCUCUCCAGGCAUGGCCAUUGAUAGAAAAGAGAACAUGUUGGCAUGGGCACGCAGGAGGAGGACUCCACACAGACCCAAAAGAAGGGUUAAAGGACGUUGAUACUAGAAAAAUCAUUAAAGCCAUGUUUUCUUAUGUGUGGCCUAAAGACAGGCCAGAUCUACGAGCCAGAGUUGCCAUUUCCCUGGGAUUUUUGGGUGGUGCAAAGGCCAUGAAUAUUGUGGUUCCUUUCAUGUUUAAAUAUGCUGUAGACAGCCUCAACCAGAUGUCGGGAAACAUGCUGAACCUGAGUGAUGCACCAAAUACAGUUGCAACCAUGGCAACAGCAGUUCUGAUUGGCUAUGGUGUAUCAAGAGCCGGAGCUGCCUUUUUCAAUGAAGUUCGAAAUGCAGUAUUUGGCAAAGUAGCACAAAAUUCAAUCCGAAGAAUAGCCAAAAAUGUAUUUCUCCAUCUUCACAACUUGGAUCUGGGUUUCCAUCUGAGCAGACAGACAGGAGCUUUAUCUAAGGCUAUUGACAGAGGGACAAGGGGCAUUAGUUUUGUCCUCAGUGCGUUAGUAUUUAAUCUUCUCCCUAUUGUAUUUGAGAUGACGCUUGUCAGUAGUGUUUUGUAUUACAAAUGUGGUGCCCAGUUUGCAUUGGUAACCCUAGGAACACUUGGUGCAUAUACAGCAUUCACAGUUGCAGUUACACGGUGGAGAACUAGAUUUAGAAUAGAAAUGAACAAAGCAGAUAAUGAUGCAGGUAACGCUGCUAUUGACUCACUGCUGAAUUAUGAAACUGUGAAGUAUUUUAAUAAUGAAAAAUAUGAAGCACAAAGAUAUGAUGGAUUCUUGAAGACAUAUGAGACUGCUUCAUUGAAAAGUACCUCUACUUUGGCUAUGUUGAAUUUUGGCCAAAAUGCUAUUUUCAGUGUCGGAUUAACAGCUAUAAUGGUGCUUGCCAGUCAGGGAAUUGUGGCAGGUGCCCUUACUGUUGGAGAUCUAGUGAUGGUGAAUGGACUGCUUUUUCAACUUUCAUUACCCCUUAAUUUCCUGGGAACUGUAUAUAGAGAGACAAGGCAAGCACUCAUAGAUAUGAACACCUUGUUUACUCUGCUCAAGGUAGACACGCGGAUUAAAGACAAAGUGAUGGCAUCUCCCCUUCAAAUAACACCGCAGACAGCCACAGUGGCCUUUGAUAAUGUGCAUUUUGAAUACAUUGAAGGACAGAAAGUCCUUAAUGGAGUAUCUUUUGAAGUCCCCGCAGGAAAGAAAGUGGCCAUUGUAGGAGGUAGUGGGUCAGGAAAAAGCACGAUAGUAAGGCUGCUGUUUCGCUUCUAUGAGCCUCAGAAGGGUAGCAUUUACCUUGCUGGUCAAAAUAUACAAGAUGUGAGCCUGGAAAGUCUUCGGCGGGCAGUGGGAGUAGUACCUCAGGAUGCCGUCCUCUUCCAUAAUACUAUCUACUACAACCUCUUAUAUGGAAACAUCAAUGCUUCACCAGAGGAAGUAUAUGCAGUAGCAAAAUUAGCUGGUCUUCAUGAUGCAAUUCUUCGAAUGCCACAUGGAUAUGACACUCAAGUAGGAGAACGAGGACUCAAGCUAUCAGGAGGAGAAAAGCAGAGGGUAGCAAUUGCAAGAGCAAUUUUGAAGGAUCCCCCAGUUAUUCUCUAUGAUGAAGCUACUUCAUCAUUAGAUUCAAUUACUGAAGAGACUAUUCUUGGUGCCAUGAGGGAUGUGGUCAAGCACAGAACUUCUAUCUUCAUUGCACAUAGAUUGUCAACAGUGGUUGAUGCAGAUGAAAUCAUUGUCCUGAGCCAGGGAAAGGUAGCUGAACGUGGUACCCACAAUGAUCUGCUUGCUAACUCUAGCAGUAUCUAUUCAGAGAUGUGGCAUACACAGAGCAGCCGUGGACAGAACCAGAAUGGCCUCAGAUGGGAUGCAAAGAAAGAGGGUCUCUCCAAAGAGGACGAAAGGAAGAAGCUCCAAGAAGAAAUUGUCAACAGUGUGAAAGGCUGUGGAAAUUGCUCCUGCUAAGGAAAACAGACAUCUUCUCAGCUUUCUUCUUGUUGUCUUGUUUGGUUUUGAAGUAUGCGUUUGCACUGAAGUAAAACCAGUUCACAAAAACAAAGCAUACAUUCCCAUUCCUUUAAUCCUAUUAAAUAUGAUUUAUUUAAAGGAA